GCCAAUUCAGUAGGGUUUAAGGUUUUGGCCUCCCUUGGAGAGAUUACCAACACAAGAGAAGAUCGUCUGGUAAGCAUUUCUACAUCUACCAAACCCUAGCAUUUUCCUCCUAGUUAUUUCAAUGCUUCAUACCUUGAAUCGUAAACUUUUCCCUAGAAAUCUCUGCUUCAUUCUCAAACUAAACCCUAACUCUUUCACUGGUUCUUCAACGGACCUGAAUUCUAGCAGAAAUGCACUCACUAAGUGCUCCAAUAGCUUUAGUUUCUUUAACUCUUCAAUGGGUAUCAAUCAAAUUUCCCCCUUCCAUACUCUUUAUAAAAACCCCAAUUUUAUUGGAAACCCUAGAAUUGUAAGAAGUUACUGUUCUGGUGAGUGGACUGAGGAUAUAGAGUACUUAGAUGAGUCGGGGAGUGUUAUAUACUCUGGUAAAGGUAUCCGGUCAGUCGAGCCGGGGCUUGACGAUCAUGUUAUGGUGGGUGGGUUAAAGAAACCAUUUUUGAAUGCCUCUGCAGUUGCUAAGAUUGUUGAGGUUGUUAAGAGGUGGAAAUGGGGACCAGAAUUAGAGACCCAAUUGGAUAAACUACAGUUUAUGCCUAAUAUGACUCAUAUAAUUCAGGCCUUGAAGGUUAUCAAAGAUAGCGAUGCAUCAUUGAGUUUGUUUAGAUGGGCUAAGCGACAAUCUUGGUAUGCCCCGAGUGAUGAGUGUUAUGACAUGUUGUUUGAUGGGUUAAAUCAAAGUAGAGACUUUGAUGCGAUUCAAUCAUUGUUUGAGGAGUUGGUCCAAGAGUCGAGUGGUAACGUGGUUUCAUUAUUUAGUGCAUACAAUCGGGUGAUUCAGUUUUUGGCUAAAGCUGAGAAAUUGGAGGUAUCGUUUUGUUGUUUCAAGAAGGCUCAGGAUUAUGGUUUUAAAAUUGACACUCAAACGUACAAUGACCUUAUGAUGUUGUUUUUGAAUAAAAGUUUGCCUUACAAGGCAUUUGAGAUAUAUGAGAGCAUGCAAGCGGCAGGAUGUUUGUUGGAUGGGUCUACAUAUGAGUUGAUGAUACCUAGCUUGGCAAAAUCAGGCCGGCUUGAUGCAGCUUCUAAGCUCUUUCAAGAGAUGAAAGAAAGGAAGUUUCAGCCAGGCUUUAGUAUCUUUGCAUCACUUGUUGAUUCAAUGGGGAAAGCUGGGAGACUGGAUACAUCAAUGAAAAUCUACAUGGAAAUGCUGGGCUCUGGGCUUCGGCCAUCUGCUACUAUGUUUGUUUCAUUGAUCGACUCCUACGCAAAGGCUGGGAAGCUAGAUACUGCACUUCGGCUUUGGGAGGAAAUGAAGGCAGCUGGUUUUAGGCCGAAUUUUGGCUUAUACACGAUGAUCAUUGAGUCCCAUGCAAAAUCAGGAAAGCUUGAUCUUGCAACAUCAAUAUUUAAAGAAAUGGAGAAAGCUGGGUUUCUGCCCACUCCGUCGACGUACUCAUGUCUCUUAGAAAUGCAUGCAGCCUCUGGACAGGUAGAUUCUGCGAUGAAGCUCUAUAACUCAAUGAUAAAUGCAGGUUUAAGGCCCGGAUUGAGCACGUAUACAGCUCUUUUGACCCUCUUGGCUAAUAAGAAACUUGUGGAUGUCGCAGCAAAAAUCUUACUUGAAAUGAAGUCCAUGGGAUAUUCUAUUGAUGUUAGUGCUAGUGAUGUUCUAAUGGUUUAUGUUAAAGAUGGUUCCAUUGAGCUCGCCUUGAGGUGGUUAAGUUUCAUGGGUUCAUCGGGGAUUAGAACAAAUAAUUUCAUAGUUAGGCAGUUAUUUGAAUCAUGCAUGAAGAAUGGUUUAUAUGAGUCAGCAAAGCCUCUCCUUGAAAACUAUGUGAACUCUGCUGCGAAGGUGGAUCUGAUUCUUUACACAUCAAUUCUUGCCUAUUUGGUACGAUGCCAGGAGGAACACAAUGAGAGACAUUUGAUGGCAAUUCUUGGUGCAACAAAACACAAAGCUCAUGCCUUUAUGUGUGGACUACUUACUGGCCCAGAACAGAGAAAACAGCCAGUUUUAUCGUUUGUGAGGGAGUUUUUUCAAGGUAUUGAUUACGAGUUGGAAGAAGGGGCUGCGAGGUACUUUGUCAAUGUUCUCCUAAACUAUCUUGUUCUGAUGGGGCAGAUAAACAGAGCUCGCUGUGUUUGGAAGGUUGCCUACGAGAAUAAGCUUUUCCCGAAGGCAAUAGUUUUCGAUCAGCAUAUUGCUUGGUCACUUGACGUUAGAAAUUUGUCGGUGGGAGCUGCUCUUAUAGCUGUUGUGCACACCCUCCAUAGAUUUAGGAAAAGAAUGUUGUAUUAUGGAGUGGUACCGAGGCGUAUCAAAUUGGUUACAGGACCCACUCUGAAGAUCGUGGUUGCACAGAUGCUGAGCUCUGUAGAAUCCCCAUUUGAAGUUAGUAAGGUGGUUUUAAGGGCCACCGGAGACUCUGUUAUGGAGUGGUUCAAAAAACCGAUUGUUCAGCAGUUUCUUUUGAAUGAGAUUCCAUCAAGAGCUGACAUCCUCAUGCACAAGCUGAAUAUACUGUUUCCCAGUUCUGCACCUGAAAUUAGGUCAUUGACCCCACCUAAGCCACUCAUUGCAGGGAAGGGAAUUUAACCUUGUAUGUAAUGAUAGUUGGGAUUGAAUAGAGGCUACCUAACCGUGAAGCAUGAUUGUAUCUUAAUCUUAGUGGUUUUCUUUCAUCCACAAAACUUCCCCCGCCCCCCUCCCCCCCUAAAAUUUUCAAAUUAUGUUUCACAGUGGACAUAUUGUGUAAAGAGGAAUAAGAGAUGUUUAUGGUCUCUGUUUAUUGCUUGACAUCCUCAAUCACACAAGUGGUUUUCUUUUA